AUGACCUCCACUCGGAACAAGUUCCUCCUGGCGCUUGUGGCCCUCGUGCUGCUCGCCACCUACGCUGCUGCGGUGAAGGGCGACUGCACUGUCGAGAACUGCGCGACGUGCCUUGAAGAGGACGCCACCAAGUGCGCGGAGUGCAAACCUGGCUACAAGCCGACCGACGCAAGCACGUGCGAAGCGAUCUCCUGCGAUGUCCCGAACUGCGCGACGUGCGCUGCUGGGACACCACCCAGUGCGCGGAGUGCAAAACCUGGCUACAAGCCGACCGCCGGAGGGCUGUGCGAGCCAAUACCGCCCUCCUCCUGCUAUGUGGAGCACUGCAGGGAGUGUCAGGGGUGGAGCCCCUACCAUUGUGGGUCAUGUGAGCCUUACUACCUUGUGGCCCCCGAUGGCCGCUGUGAGGAGAUGGUGUUCCCCCCCUGCAAUGUCGAGUAUUGCGAAAGCUGCCUAAAAGAUAACGAGAACUACUGCAGAAUCUGCGAACCGCGCUCCGUGCCGAAAGGCGAAGGGCAGUGCUGGAAACCUGUGGACCCCCUCUGCAAUGCCAAGAACUGUGCGCUCUGCCAUUCGUGGAACACUGAUGCCUGCAAGAACUGCAACCCUGGCCACAAGCUGAUCUACCCAUACACGUGUGAGGCGGUCCCCUGCAAUGUCGAGAACUGCGCGACGUGCGCUGAUAGGAGCAUAAUCAGGUGUGCACAGUGCAACCCUGGCUACAAGCUGACACCCGCAGACGGCUGUGAGGCGAUCCCCUGCGAUGUUGAGAACUGCGUGACGUGCGCUGAUGGGGACGCCGCCAAGUGCGCGGAGUGCAACCCUGGCUACAAGCUGACACCCGCAAGAGGGUGCAAGGAGCACCCCUGCGAUGUCGCGAACUGCGAGACGUGCGCUGAGGGGGACGCCGCCAAGUGCGGGGAGUGCAACAACGGCUACAGGCCGACCGCCGGAGGGCUGUGCGAGCCAAUACCGCCCUCCUCCUGCUAUGUGGAGCACUGCAGGGAGUGUCAGGGGUGGAGCCCCUACCAGUGUGGGUCAUGUGAGCCUUACUACCUUGUGGCCCCCGAUGGCCGCUGUGAGGAGAUGGUGUUCCCCCCCUGCAAUGUCGAGUACUGUGAAAGCUGCCUAAAAGAUAACGAGAACUACUGCAGUGUCUGCGAACCGGGCUCCGUGCCGAUUGGCGAAGGGCAGUGCUCGAAACCUGUGGACCCCCUCUGCAAUGCCAAGAACUGUGCGCUCUGCCACUGGUGGAGCACUGAUGCCUGCAAGAACUGCAACCCUGGCCACAAGCUGAUCUACCCAUACACGUGUGAGGCGGUCCCCUGCGAUGUCGCGAACUGCGCGACGUGCGCUGAUAGGAGCAUCAUCAGGUGUGCACAGUGCAACCCUGGCUACAAGCUGACACCCGCAGACGGCUGUGAGGCGAUCCCCUGCGAUGUCGAGAACUGCGCGACGUGCCUUGAAGAGGACGCCACCAAGUGCGCGGAGUGCAAACCUGGCUACAAGCGGACCGACGCAGGCCAGUGCGAGGCGAUCUCCUGCGAUGUCCCGAACUGCGCGACGUGCCUUGAAGAGGACGCCACCCAGUGCAAGGACUGCAACGCCGGCUACAAGGUGACCGACGCAGGCACGUGCGAAGCGGCAUCGGACGCCGCUGCGGCCCCGCACUCUGGCGUUGCCGCGGUGGCAGCACUGGCGGCUGCUGUGGUGGCCUACGCGCUGUGA